AUGCGAAGAAGAGGGGGAGGGGGAGAGAAUGUUCUCGGGCUAGGUGGCUUGCACAUGGCAAAGUACCAGGUACAUAGCAGGUGUUCAUGGGUCGAGAAAGGUAAGGUGGUGGGUGGUCCUCGAGGUUUGCCCGUGUUGACUCAUGCCGAUUCUGAAAAGGCCCUCUCAAAUUUCGCCAUCCGACAGAUGAAGAAAAUGACAAUACACCUGACGACGACGCACACACCGUGCCAAAGGCGCUCAAGUGGCGCUGGCGGUGCGACAUCUCCAAGAACCAAAUAA